UUUGCUUACAACAGUUGGGUUAUCAAUUUCAAGUUUGUUUCUCAUAAUUACUCUCGUCAUCAUCUGUAUUUUCAGAGAUUUAAGAAAUUCUGAGAGAUAUAAAAUCAUGCGCCACUUGGUCAUCGCUUUACUUUGUGUCAAUUGCUUCUUUUUGUUACUCGAAGUUGAUGCAAAAGAAUCGAUCCUAUGCAGUGUCCUUGCAGCUUCUCUGCACUACAGUCUCUUGGCAGCUUUCUCCUGGAUGUUGAUUAUAUCAACGGAUAUAUUCAUGAAGAUCAAACAUCCGUUUGCUGAUCAUUCAAAGCGCUUCACUUACAGUCGGUUCAUUGGUUGGAUUGGACCUGCCAUUGUUGUUGCAGUGACUGCUGGUAUAACAAGAGAAAACUACGCAUCUGAUGAGUGCUGGUUAGAUACUGAAUCUGGUACCAUUUGGAGUUUCAUUCCGAUCGUCUGCCUCACCAAUCUGAUUGUCAUCGUACAGUUGUGUGUUAUUGGCUACGUAGUGUUCAAGAAAUCUAAAAUACCUAACCAAUCUGAAGAAGAAAUGCAAAUGUUCAUUAGAAUAAGAAAUAUUUUUCAUGGUAUAUUGCUCCUUGCCCCAGCCGUGGGGCUUUCAUGGAUUUUUGGUGUCAUCGUCGUUUUUUGUGAUUGGAAAGUGGUGGAAUACAUCUAUGUUGUCUUGAAUUCCAUGCAAGGAUUCUUCGUGUGGCUCUCACAGUGCGCCUUCAGCAACGAGGUGCGGCAAGCCUACAGAAAAAGGUUUAGCAACCUGGUAAAUGACGAUAGUAGCGUCGCUACUGUAAGCAGUGUCACCUAUAACAGAAACCGGGUAACUAUCGAACACAUGUAACCACUGAAGACAUAUAUUUAUAGAAGAGAGUCGUAACAUAUCAGGAUAUACAUUAAUACAUUAUUGAUGACCUUGUUUAACUACAUCGUCAAAUAAAAGUGUAAUUAAAAAAAGUAAUUAUUAUACUCUGGUGAAAUAUUGCAUUUUAGUUACGUGUGCAUUAUUUACAUUACUCCUAUAAAUAAGUAAACUAUGACGGAGUGUUGCUAGGGGAUGCCGGGGUCCAUUGCCAAUUGUCGGAUAGAUCAUGGUGUUUCAAAGGCUUAUUCAAUUACAUUUAGAGUUCACUAAUAAUUUUUAAAAUCCAUAUAUAUUUGUAUUAAUAUCCCAUACAAUCUUAGACAAAAAUGUGAUGCAGGGAAUAUAAAUUUUAUCAGAUUAAUACAUGAUCAUCUUUGGUUAUGGUAUUACUUCGGUUUACUUAUAGGUGCACCGUUCUGCAUUUUUAUUUUAUAUUUUUUUAUUAAGGACACUGCAAAUAAAGUUUUGUUGAAUUUGUACUUUCGUUCAUUAAAUGCCUGCUUAUUUAUAUUUUCAUUAGGUGCACCGUUCUGCAUUUUUAUUUACUUUUUUAUUAAGGAUACUGCAAAUAAAGUUUUGUUGAAUUUGUACUUUCGUUCAUUAACUGCCUGCUUAUUUAUAUUUUCAUUAUGUAACGAAUCCUUUAAGAAAGAAAAUCAUUUUACGAGGGUAAUAAACAGAGAAGCGCUAU